GUACCCAAGUCGAAACCGCGUUUAUUUACACAAGAAAUCCCGGCGGCACUAUCGGUCACUCAGACGGACGGACCGUUUGUGGGAGUAUUUCUUACGUCUUUUAGUGUCUACCGUUGCUAGUACCGACUUGGUACCUUGCAGAUCGCGAGCCGAGAGCCGCUUGUAUCGUCACAAACGGUGGUACCCGUGCGUGUUUCACUAAUUGUUUGUGAAGUGGUGUGCUGUUUUAUUCUCUUCUUUGCGAUUUUCUACCAUCCACUACAGCAAUUCAAGCAUGGGGAAAAUUGCAAAGGAUCAAGUGAUUAUUAUGAGUAUACUUUGAUCUAUGGGAAUAUUUUUAUUUAUUAUGGACAGUUUUUCUUCACAAGUGCCAUUUAAUCAUAAAAGAAGAAAAUAAGGACCUAGAACAAACAGUGAAAAAAAUGUUACCCAGCAGGACAAAAAUGCGUCAGUGUUAUAGCUAGUUUAAAUGUUGUUAUUGACUGAGUAGCCGAAAACGGACGAGGUGCUGGGGUUGGCUUCACCCUUAGGCCCCUCGAAUUUAAACCCUGCCAGCGCUGGCUACUAUGCGAAUUGCACACUGUAUCCGAGCCCUAAUUGCGGUGCUUGGCUUAACCGCCAUUUUUCAAUCAGCUCACUCUUCUCAUCACGAAUCUAGGCAUCGUCUACGUCAUUAUAGGUAUCCAGAGCCAUACAACAGCACAGUUCCUCUGCAGAUGGUUCCCAGCGAUGCAAUAAACGUGACGAAGUACGCGCGCGACAACCUGAAGCUGCUGCGCGAAGAGUUCCGCGUGCGCGACGAGGUGGACUGUUGUCCGACGGUGCGUGAGAUGAUUGAACCGGAGGGCGGAGAAAAUCAGGAGGGAAACUACGUGGAGCUGUUCAAGGGCGAGUUGAAGCAGCGCUUCUACGAGCUCUCCUGCCAUCCGGACAUCCUGAACAAAACGUGCAGGUUCAUCGACAAGAAGCUGCACCAGCAGUCGAAAUGCGUGCAGAAGUACAGCUUCACGUACGCUCUGAUCAAGGAUCCGGGCGGGAAGCACAAGAACUUUCCGUCGUUUCCUCUCUCCGGACCUGACACGAAGGAUUCCUGGAGGCUGGACUACAUCAAGGUGAGGAGCGGCUGCUCCUGCGUCAUCACUGAGAGAAACGGGCCGGGUUACAAAAAGAAACGGGCGAGAAAUCGUGCAAGAAACAACAAUGAUUAACAAACAUUUUUUAUUUAAUUAUUUGCCAUUAUACCAAAGGAGAGCUACAAUGACUUUUUAGUUGAAUCAGUGUUAAGUUUGUGUAUUUUUUUGUUUGUUUUUAAACUUUUGUUUUUUCUAUAACAUAAACAUUUUACGUGAAUCUACAAGACAUUCCAUUAUUUAAUGUUAAUUGUAUUUUUCGAGCUAACGUGUAAGUACUUUUAAUUUCUAGUCGAACUAGGGAUAACACUCUGCACGGUGCACCAAGUGUCCUUCUAUGUAUGGAUAUCUUUUUAUUUAAAGAGCUACAAAUUUGUUUUAAUUAAAGAAAAGUUGCGUAAUUCCAAUUAUAUUAAAAAGGCAUUUGAAAAUUGGUAAAAAAUCAGCGGUUGGCAAAAUCAAAAACCGUAAAAAAAACAAGUUUCACAUGUAAACAAACAUAUUUAUCUACAUUUUCAUCCAAUUUGUGAUUUUUUCUCGACUACUGGAUUUUAAGUUACCACCACCAUCUUUUGUUUUUCCUACCCUGCUAAAAGCAACUGAUCGCAAAUGAUCAAGUUUUAA